AUGAAGCGGUCGGUCUUCUUUUUCCUGAUCUUGUUCUUAUUGAAUACACCGCGUAUUUUUUGCGAUGAUGACACCACUACUGAUGCACCUACUACAACCGCUGAAACAACUACCGUUGCUACCACGACUACAGAAGUGACAACGACGACGGCCGAAACCACUGCCGCGCCCACUACAGAAGAACCUGGACCAGAACCAACCCCAGAGCCCGAACCAACCCCAGAGCCAGAACCAACCCCGGAGCCAGAACCUACCCCGGAACCGGACACAACCUCAGAGCCAGGACCAACUCCAGAGCCAGAACCGGAUCCGCCUGGUGAAGAUGCUACUGGUAAGUUAAUCGUGAAUGGCAAAGCUACCGUCAUAAUAUAAACAACUCAUAUAUAUGCAUUGUUCUUUGUGUAAAAUGUUUUUUUUGUUGCGAAUACUUUAAUACUUCCUUUUAUGUUUUUUGUGUCAGUUUAAUGUUAAUUAUGUUUCAGGGCCUUUCGAUGGCGACAACAUGUUCUACACAAUCGGAGCGGGAUGUUCAGGUAUCAUCUUCCUACUCAGCACGUUGCUUCUCAUUUUGACAUUAGCUGGCAAGAUUUGUUAG